AUGCGGCUGAUCAACAUACAUACUCUCGAAUUGGAAGAAUUCUUCAGUCCUCCACCAUACGCCAUCCUCUCACAUCGAUGGAUCGGGCGUGAAAUCACGUACGAACAGUUCAUGAAUCCCAGCCAACGAAAGGGACCCGGGUACGAGAAGAUUGCCAGCUUUUGCAGGCUUUUACAACAGCACCCGGACUACCUUCCCACCCACAUCGAAUGGGCAUGGAUUGAUACAUGCUGCAUCGACAAACGGAGCAGCGCUGAACUCUCCGAAUCGAUCAACUCCAUGUGGCAGUGGUAUUGGCACGCGGAGUACUGCAUUGCGUGGCUUCAUGAUGUCCACUCUAGCGAUGAAGAUUCGUUGCGGAUGUCAGAAUGGUUCACUCGAGGCUGGACACUCCAGGAGAUGCUUGCGCCGGUUGAGGUCUACAUUUGCGACAGCCAGUGGCGAUGUAUUGGGACACGGACCAGCUUAUCCGACGCACUCUCCCUCGUAUCAGGAGUGCCUGCCGAGUUCCUCAGGGACAAUGGCAGGCAAAGAGUGCACUGGACCAGCAUGGCGAAGCGCAUGAGCUGGGCCAGCAGGAGAAAGACGACGCGGCCGGAAGAUGAAGCGUACUGUCUCUUUGGGCUUUUCGGGGUCAACUUGCCGCUGUUGUACGGCGAAGGGACGUACGCAUUCAUCCGCCUUCAGGAAGAGAUUAUCCGCCGGUUCGAUGACGAAUCCAUCCUCGCGUGGAAGUCGACGCCGUAUGUGAGCUACGCUACGGGAUUUCUCGCCUCUUCGCCUGCGAGGUUCGAGCUCUGUGGUGGCAUCGAUCAAGCGCAUCCAGACCGGAAGCGUCAAACAUUCCGGGUCACGAACAGAGGAGUGGAGAUGAGCGCCAGUCUGCUGCAGCUUCGGCAUAGUGGCAUCGCAAUCAGUGGUGGUGAGCCAAGUGAUGACGAUGGGGAGCCUCUCACUCUAGGCCUCUUCCUCGAAAUCAAUUGUGUCGACACUGUGCGACGAGGUGGCCCACAGGGCUUGCGAUGUGCUCUUGCUCUGAUCCGCAGGAACGACGGCUCCUUCUCCCGCGAUACGAGUGGUUCGACAGACUCGAUCGUGGAUGAGUCGGACGGUGCUGGUGACUUUGAGCGGCUUGCCGAGAGCACCGUCUACCUGCGCAAGGACGAUUACAAUCACUACUACGGGGGCAAUUUUGGAUCUCGCAGUUUGGCCUCGGUGCCCGAGUCGUCGUGGACGGUGCUGUGA